AUGAACAAGUUGGGAGAGCUACGAGCUCUGUUCCAAGAGAAACUGAAAAACGGCAUUCCACACCCUCCAGGGAGAUUCGAUCAGAGAGAUUUGGAAAGGCUGAAAGAUAAUAAAUAUCUGACAAGGGUAUUACAACAUUGUCUAGGUAAGACGGAUGCAGCAGUUAAUAUGCUUUGGUCGAUCAUGAUCUGGCGUUGUAAUGUCAACGCUUGGGACAUCAGAGAUACGGUAAGAAUGGAUUAUGUGAAAGAAGGGUUGUUUUUCCCUCGUGGAAGAGACGUCGACGGUUGCCUUCUGUUUAUUAUUAAGUGGAAAUUGUAUAACAAAGGUCAGAAAAAUGUAGAAGAUCUAAAGAAGGUAGUUGUGUACUGGUUGGAAAGACUGGAGAAAGAGGAAGAUGGGAGACCUAUAACACUGUUUUUUGACAUGGACGGUUGCGGAAUGAACAACAUAGAAGUAGAGAUUGUGGCUUACAUGAUAUCUUUAUUAAAGAGUUACUAUCCAAAUUUUAUAAAUAUCAUUAUAAUUUAUCAAAUGCCGUGGAUAAUGUCAGCGGGGUUCAGGAUAAUCAAAGGUCUUCUGCCGGCGAGAGGUGUAGAGAAAAUGAAGUUUGUUUCCAAAGACACACUGAAGGAGUUUGUUGCGCCAGAACAAGCAUUGACAUGCUGGGGAGGUAAGGAUAACUACAUAUUUGAGUUUGUACCUGAAAAUAGAAGCAAUUUAGAGCCUGCGCUCAAAAAGGUUACUUUUGCCGAGCAAGGAGAUAAUCAGCACUCCCUUGGAGAAAUGCUUCGCAUCACACCCAAUGAUACAAUAGUUUUUAAAGCAGAAAAUGAUGAUAUAUCUGGCCAGUUUACGAUAACAAAUAUGGAUGAAAGUGUAGUAUCAUUUAAGAUUCGUACAACUUCACCAGAAAAGUUUCGGGUUCGUCCCAGCAGUGGGGUCUUACCUAGUGGAGUGUCCCAAACAAUUUUGAUUGUCGUUCAACCAGGUUUCCACUUACGCACAGUUACCAAAGACCGAUUCCUAGUUAUGUCCGUACAGAUACCUAAGGAUGAUAUAUCACAAAAAGAGCUCUCUGAUAUCUGGCAGAAUUCUUCCGGGAGUAAAGUGGACGAGUAUAGAUUGAAGUGCCACUUCCCUGAGAAAAGCUUACCGAAAAAUGGCAACUUAGCUGAUAAGAGUCCGGAGAAGUCCGAUUCUGUUACAAAUGCAUUGAACAACUUGCAGAUGAAUUAUGAGAUUUUACACAAGCAAGUAAACAAGCUCAAGAUAUACCAAUUCAUGACCUUAAUACUGACGGCUAUUGCGGUAUUACUGGGUUACUUAGUCUACAAGAACACAAAUGAGUACGAGAAGUACUGUGAGAGAAUCUAG